AUGUCGCCGCACCCUCCCGCGCCCGCCUCGUCGUCGCAGGCGACGGUGGAGCUGGGCGCAGCGAUCGAGCGGUCGCUGUCGCGCGUGCACGAGUUGGAGCGCACCGUCUCGCUCUUCAACGAGUCCAACCAGCUGCUCCUCCUCGACCGCAUGUCCGUCGCGCUCGCCCUUUCGCUCUCGCCCCAACGGCCUGGUCACGGGGUUCGCGGAGCUACUCGGCGCUGCGGAACAGUGCGAGGCGCAUGUGCCGCUGGACGUGCUCAGGUGUGUGGACGAGGGGCGCAAUCCGAACGAGGUGACGAGGGAGCUGCUGCGGGGCUGUGUGGCGCACAACGCCACCACCAAGGGCAAGGUGGACGCCUUCAAG